CCCAAUAUGAAGCCGUCAGAGACCGAGGAAGAUCAUUUCGUCUUCGUGAACAUCUCCCAACCUCAUGAGAUCAAAUCCGCCUCCACUCAGCGCACCAUCCGGCGCCGCGUCAUGCGGGAGAUUGGGAGGUCGCGCCGGACACACCCUCGGCCCCUCACCUGGAGUCUGGCCCUGGAGCCCUCGGCGGAUACAGUGGUGGAAAGCAUCCCUCCAUGCCUGGACCCAUGCAACACCACCUUCUAUCCCACUCCCCUGGAUGCGAGGGGCCUACAGCUAAUGCACUUCAUGACCAGUGACCGCGACUAUGUCUUCCGUCCGUUUCGGACGGUGUGGUUCACCAUGGCCUUGACCGAUGCCAGCGCUGUGCUCGUGGCCUUGGCCAACGCGGCCAUGUUCCUCGAUCAGAAGCUGCGGGCCCAGAUGUAUCGGUACGAGACGAGUGCUGAGUGUCUGACUUACUACGGCCAGUGCGUGCAGCAGGUGACGCGGCGGUUGGGCGAUGCUCGGGAGAAUCUCAGCGAAGGGGUCAUCACUACCAUCCUGGGGCUGAUGUGUCACGAUCUGUACGUUGGCAUGUUGGAUCGCUGGAACACUCAUAUCCGCGGCCUCGGUCGCAUCUUCCAGCUGCGGGGUGGAUAUCAGGGUCUAGCUGCCAAUGUGGCACUGUUUGCGGGCUGGCUGGAUGUUGUCGGGAGCCUGAUGGAGGAUUCUCGCCCCCGGUUGCCUAUCCCGCCAGAUUUUUCUAUCCAGUCCACUGAUGCUAUGACUCCCUAUCUGCGAAGCCUGCUUGACGACAUCGGUUCAGGGCAUGACUCGUUCUGGAAUAUUGAGGUUGCAUUCAGGCAUGCUAGCUUUAUCACUCAAACCGUGGAAGAAAAUCUUCGCUGUGCUGCGGCGCCCUGGAAACACGAGAACAAUCUGACCGUGAUCGAAUUAUUUGGGCUAGCCACACACUUCCUGCUCUGUAUGCCACGGCCGACUGAAGUGGAAUGCAAUGCAACGGGCGUUCAACUGCUGCAAGAAGCAACACGGCUCGCAUUGUUGAUUCUUCUCGCAGCUUUGAAGCAAGAGGUGUUUCUCUUUACGUCUCAGGAACGCGACCUCUUGAUGUACAAGUUCUCAAUGCUUGUUCCGCAAUUGCGCAUGGUCGAUUAUGAUGGCUCUUUUCUCAAGCUCUACCUCUGGGUUUUAGUGACAGUGUCCCUGCUAUCUCAGUCACACCAGCCUCUGCUGUAUUUCGAUGACAUUCAGUCAGUACUCGACCGUCUUGGCAUUACGAGCACCGAAGGGAUGGAUCUCGUCAACAGUAUUCUCUCAAUCAAUGUCCUGGGAAUCCAAGCAACAGAUCUCCUUCCAGCACUUGUCGUAUCUUAAUGUACAUAAACCCCAACAUGAUGCAGAUAUUCUUAACCACCUACAAUCCCCCCACUAACCGAGAUCACCUGUCCGGAUAUCCACCGACCCUUCUCCGAGCACAUUAGCAGCACCGCAUCCGCGAUAUCCUGCACGGUGCCUAGUCUCUCCUCCACCCGGCUGAGAGGAACCAAUGUCUUGUUGAUUUUCUCCGCCACAUGAGGGGGCAGACCAUCCGUGUCCACCGGGCCAGGGGAGAUGGUAU